AUGGCAUCGAAUACGCUCGAUCCCAAACGAGCGGCGGCAGCGUUACCAGUGUCGCCAGCUGUCAGCUAUAGGGACGAUCCGGACGCGCUUUCGAUGCAUACGACGAGAGGCGGUUACGAGUAUGAUGAUGCUCCCGAGUUCGACGAUGUACCACAGCUACCCUCCUACGACGAGAGCGUGACCGCCGAAGGGUCAUCGGACGACCGAGCUGCACCCCAGCCCGUCGAUGAGUACCAAAUCAUCACAGCACCAAAGACGAAUCGAAAUUGGGGCACCAAGCAUACCCACUCCCCUCACAAAGCAGUAGGCUCAGAAACAAGCAUCCGCAUGGACGAACGUCUGCUGGAGUCAAAAGAGCUGUACGAGUACAUCGAGAAUUACCUCCGGAUGAUUCCACCUCGUCCAAUGAUCCGCAUACAAGGCUGGCACUGGCAGAAGACGAAGAAGAGGGAUAAGACCGAGACGGAGAGAAUUUACGACUUCAACAUCGUCCUCAAUAUGCAAUCUCUCCUCCCAUCGUCGCGCGAUAAGGGCUGGGUCACGGCGCACACGGCAGAUAACAGCGACAAGGUCUACCGUGGUAGUUUCCGCAAGACGCGAGCGCCGGGGUAUAGACAGGACAUCGAAGUUGGGGAAGAGGGUACGCCGGAUCUGCGGGAGUGGUGUAAGCGCUUCGCGGAGUGUAAAGCCGCGCUGAAGAUUUUCCGCGUCGAGCGUAGUGUUGUUGGCAUGAAUACGGAUUUGAUCAAAGAGGAACUCGAACCUCUCAUCAGAUCGACGCACUACCGCGGCCACAUCGACAUCACCUUCCCAACCGCUGACCAGAACGUCGAUAUAUACACGCCCCACUGGCUGAAUAGCGCCCGUCUCUCCUGGGUCCGGUGGAUCUUUUACCUGACCUUCUUAUGGAUAUUCACAUGGCCUGUUCUGUUCUUCAUGACGAAGCGGUGGGAUGUUUAUAACGUGCAAUGGUCUUUUUCUAAGAUCUUCACAAUCGAUGCGGAAGGGAGGCAAGAGAAGCGGUAUGCGGUUAUGAGUGAGAGGGCUUGGAUCAAUAGGCAUGCGGAUCUUGUAAGGAGCUUGGUGCUGGAUAGGUUUCAUGGGGAUGGGACGGAUAUGCCGGUGAAUGUUGAUGUGGAUGUUGAGGGGAGUGGGAGGGGGGCGAGGGGGCAGGUGCCGCGGACGGGGAAUGGGAGCGUUGAUGCUGCGGUGGGAUUCAUACAGGGUGGUGUUGGAGCGUGGAAUGCGUUUAAUGGGAGGGCGCAGAGGGAAGGGUGGGGAGCGGAUGAGUCGGGGUGUUAG